GAAACUGACAUUGUUAUGAGUACUAUGAACGCUAGCUAUGUAUCAAUGUACUAUGCGCUUUAGUGCAAGGGAAACAAUACUCACUGCCUACGCUAAUACAGCCCGUGAUUCGCGGUAAUACCAACAGGUUUUUUGCUAUAAUACGCCGGCGUCUAUUUGUGUAUCGCUUUAUAAAAGCAAGCAGCUGCGGAACAAAAACAUAGUGAGUGAGAAGUUUCACAAUGAUGGAGCUCACCUGUGCCUUCAUACUGUUAUCGACGAGCUUAGUGUGUGCCACCCCCUACGGAUAUGGGGUCAAGGGUGGAGCGUCCGCAAGAGCGGACUCUAGUGCUGUUGCUGGAGCCUUUGGUAUACCGGUUCCAGUGCCAUUAGGAGGUAGCUAUUCAGGAAGUUUUUCUAAAUCGGCUUCAUCCAGUUCAUCUUCCUCGAGUUCAAGUUCAAGUUCAAGCUCCAGCUCAUUUACCUAUAGUGGUUCCGGAGCUGGUGGUUUUGGAUUAAAUGGCGGAGUUCACGGGCGUGGAGAUUGCUCGUCUGGUCACUGUCAGUCUGCUGGCAAUAAUAACAUACAAGCGCCACACGGGUCUGCUGCUCAAGGAUACAAUGCUGCUAAUGCAGCGGCAACAGCAGGAGCGGGGGCUAUAUCAGGGUUAGGAUGCCAAGGACUAAGCUGCCACGACACUGAAAAAUGUGCAUCAGGGGAAUGUAAACCACAAUCAGAAUCUGGAACUGGAAUAGAUACCAACAAAUGCUCAUCAGGUCAAUGUAGUCCUACUGCAGGACAUUCAUCUCCAUCGGGAUACGACUCUAAUGACAUACAUGUUGUCAAAGGUGCAAAUUCGAAUUCUGCUAACAACAACAAAGAUCAUUCUUCUAGUAUUGACAAAACGACAAUAGCUUCUAAUAGCGUUGGUUCAGAUUGUUCUCAGGGAAAGUGUGGUGCAUCAGGCCCUUCAAGUCCAGCGUCUAGUUACUAUGAUCAUGGUUCAGAAAAUUCGAACCUAGGAUUGAGUACAUCUAACACACAAGGCACAACUAGUGCGGAUCUUGGCAUUAAUACACAUUACCAGAAACCAUCUACAUCUUUAGAAACACCUAAAUUAGGUGAAAAGUGUACUACAGGAAAUUGCAAUGCUGAACCAGGAAAUCCAAGUCACGAAAGUUCGCCAUCCAGUUACAAUGUGCCAAUUCAUGGGUCAUACAACCAACCUGAAACUAAUCCCUCUUGUAGUGGUGGUAGUUGUCAUAACCAACCAAAGAAUACACAAGCUACCUCAUAUGGAAAUUCUUUAUCUACGAACAUAAACCAACAGCAUGGGCACCAUACCGACAAUUAUGUGACAUCAGGCCCAUCGUCUUUAAAUAGUCCCAGCUCAACUAACUGCGGAGGGUCAAGUUGUUUUGGAAAACCAGAUAGUCAGGUAGCAACCGGCCCUUCAUUUUCUUUAACUCCUACUAUCUCUAGUUUCGGGCAAUCACCAUCGAACGCUCCUGCUCUAAUUGGGACAACCUGCAAGACGCCAAAUUGUAAUCCUCAUUCAUCAACUCCAGCUUUUACGUUAGGAUCUAAUGUAGCACCUGGACAUAUUGGGCAUGGCAAACCAUCUGAAACAAAACCAUCAAAUGACAAAGACAAACUUCCGGCAUAUACUGGGGGUUUCGGUGGUCCAGCCGGUAUAUUAAAUCCUAAUGAGUUUAAUGCUCCUUCACCAGUUACCAACCCAAGCCACGGUCAUGCUAGUACAGGCCAUGAUGGAAAACCAUUGGGAAGUAUUUCGACUGGCUGCAAUUCACCUAGUUGCUCUUCCACUUCUGGAUCUAAUGUACCGACAGGUAGUUAUACUCAUCAAGCUACCGAAAAAUUGCCAACAUAUACAGGUGGAUUCGGUGGUCCCGCUGGAAUGCUGAAACCUACUAAUACUAAUUCCAAUUACGCCCACCCUGGGAGUUCGUCAUAUAAUACGCCACAACCGGGUAACACUGGCGUAGUAGGUUGUAAAACAGGAGCUUGUGGUGGAUAUUCACCUACUGCAAGUGCACCUACAGCAAGUGCUUCUGGAUCAACAGCACCGUCUGGAUAUUUUGGCACAACGAAACCGGUCACUGGUGUAAGUGCGCCUAGCGAGAAACUACCUUCUUACACUGGCGGGUUUGGUGGUCCCACUGGAACGCUGAAACCUACUAAUACUAAUUCAAAUUAUGCUCACCCUGGGAGUUCGUCGUAUAAUACACCACAACCGGGUAACAUUGGCGUAGUAGGUUGUAAAACAGGAGCUUGUGGUGGAUAUUCACCUACUGCAAGUGCUGCAAGUGCACCCACUGUAAGUGCAUCUGGAGCAACAGCACCGUCUGGAUAUUUUGGCACAACAAAACCGGUCACUGGUGUAAGUGUGCCUAGCGAGAAACUACCUUCUUACACUGGCGGGUUUGGUGGUCCCACUGGAACGCUGAAACCUACUGAUACUAAUUCAAAUUAUGCUCAACCUGGGAGUUCGUCGUAUAAUACACCACAACCGGGUAACAUUGGCGUAGAAGGUUGUAAAACAGGAGCUUGUGGUGGAUAUUCACCUACUGCAAGUGCACCAACAGCAAGUGCUUCUGGAUCAACAGCACCGUCUGGAUAUUUUGGCACAACAAAACCGGUCACUGGUGUAAGUGCGCCGAGCGAGAAACUACCUUCUUACACUGGCGGCGGGUUUGGUGGUCCUGAAGGAGUAUUUAGUCCUAAUAAACACGACUCUCAUGUAACUGGACCUAGUGGCCCUAGUUAUACGCCUACAGGUUCUUACAAUAUUCCGAUCUCCGGUGGUAUUAGUGGAGGUUGUACAACACCAAACUGUUAUCCUUCUGGGGCAAGUACCGCUGCAACUAAUGUCCAAACUGAAGCAUUUGGAGUUACAAAACCAAGUUUUGGUUCGCAUCCCUCAAGUGGACCAUCCCCUUCUAUUCACACAAGCGCUAACGAUAAACUUUCUGGAGCACAUGGAUCUCAUGGAAUUACCUCUCCUGCAUCCACAGUGAGCUAUACACACUCACCAUCUUCUUCUGGUCACUCGUCUGAUUGUAAAACUGGAAACUGUGUCAUUUAUCCCGACAGCGGUCCGUCGGCUGGUUCAAAUGUGCACCCUGGAUCAUUCAGUUUAACCAAACCUAAUACAGAUGUAAACCCUACUGGUCCAUCACAACCACAACAUAUGGGUGGAUUCAGUGGGCCUUUUGGUUCAACAAAGCCUAAUGAACACAAUUACGUGACCCCUUCAACUGCUAGCUGUAAAACACCUAACUGCGUAAAUUUACCCACAGCUGGUGGUAGUGUGAUAUCUGGAGCUAAUGCUCAGUCUGGAGCUAACGCUCAAUCUGGACUUAAUGCUCAAUUUGGAGUCGCUGGUAUUAAACCGAUUCAUGAAACUGAUGAAAAGCCAAUUUACACAGGCGGUUUUGGGGGAGCACCUGGUUUAUUAAAACCUAGUGAAUUUAAGGUGCCAGCUGUUAAUCCUAUACUUAAUAUUAAUAAACCAGUAGUAAGUGCCUCACCUACUGCUUGUUCUUCUGGAAAUUGCAACCCUCACGCUACCCACACCUCUGUUGCACCUUCUCACAGCAGUGCUUCAAACGGAGCUCAUGCUACAGCAGCAGCAGCUGCUGAUGCUCACGCCGUUGUAUAUACUGGAGGGUUUGGAGGCCCACCUGGUGUGCUUCAACCAUAUGACGAUGGGAAAAUUGGACCAUUACCCACCAUUGGAGGACACUUAUCUCUAACGAGCGGCUCACCCGGAGAUUCUCACAAUGCUAACGUUAACUCACCGCACGGUACAAGUUCCGGAGGUUACAAUGCCCCAACGAGUGCUACAGGAACUCCAGGAGCUUACGGAAAUACAGGUGCGCAUGGUGGUAUCGUUGCCGGCUCUACGACAUUUGCUGGAGCUGCGGCAGGUGCUUCAGCUGGUGCAUAUGGACAUAAUACGCAUGGAUCAUAUAGUAAUGGAGGACAUAUCAAGGGCGGCAGUCCGUGCAGCGGCGGCUGCGGUGGAUCAGGUUCGGCGUCACCUCAUGGUGGUGCCUCUUUCGACUUCAAUCUUGGACAACAUGGUUUUCCUAAAUUCGGUUUCACCGAUGCAUUGAGUGGAGCUGGAAGCGUCGCAGGUGCGACAGCCAAAAGUCUGGCUAGCGCUUUCGGAGUGGGAGGCAGCUUUGCUGGCAGCUCUGCAAGCGCACAUUCUUCUUCUGGUGCCUACACUAAAGGAGGUUAUGGAAAGCGAUAAAUGGCGAAUUACUUACUUAGUAUUUUUAUGAAAACGAAGACUUAUUUAAUGUAACUUUUAUUAUAUCAUAAGUACGAUAGUUUAUAAAUGUUGUGAUAACAAUGUGAUAAAUAUAAACGGAACUUUGUCUCAACUUGAAUUAAUUAUUUAGUUGAUUAUUCAGAAGU